AUGAAUUUCCAACCCAAGUCUGCUGGUACUAAGUUUAUCCUUCCUGACUCUGUCAAACUAGUCAAUCACGGCAUAAGUGAAUUUAAAACACCUAUUGUGAACACUAUCGUAUUGAGCCAAUCCAUAACAUUGCCAUCUCUACCAAAUGCUAUCCCCAUCAAAUUAAAAAAUGAUAUCAAGAUUCGCAGGCGAAAAAUGAAGAGACAUCAGAAGAAAAGGCUACAUAAACGUCAUGCUGUGUUGAUACGAAAGGAACAGAUGAUGCGUGAAAAAAAAGAGGAAAGCAAAUUACAACAGUUGCUUGAAUUUUGGAAGAUCCGUUCAGAAUCAUGGGAUCCGGUCGAUAAGGAACCAGAAGGUCGGCUACAUACCAAAGAUUUGUCGAAUCCUAUACAUGCGUCGAAAUGCGGUCAAGAAGCGUUGCAGGAUAUGUUAAGCGGGUUGAGAGACUUAAUGUUGCUGUUCUACGCGUGCAUGGAUCCCAAAACCCGAGGAGUCAGUACUCACCAAGCAUCUAUCGCUGGACCACAAUGCGUCGAAACGUUGCAGCACAUGAAAAGCAACAAAGAACUUCUUCAACAGGCCUUUCAUGUAGUAAAAGAAAGCUGUGACCGCUUACUUCCUGCUGACGUUUCUGAUCUUGUCCCCUAUGUGGAUACCCCGAUAAUGAACAGAGAACCAAGUCUUGAAUUAAAGCAACUAAUUAUAGCUCGUGAAAAAGUAAUCAAAAGGUUGCUAACAGUAACAGAAGAACUCGAAAAACUACGUCGCAUUUUAACAAAGACAGUGUGGGAACUCAAUGACCUUACUGACCCAAAUGUUCAAAAAUUUUGACUACUAUUUUGUCUAUCAUUUGUAUUUUGCUUAUCUGAGACACAAAUAAAUGCAAGUUGUUCAUUCUUU